CAGGGUGAUGCUGCCCCCUCCCCAGAUUUCUUGGUGACACCCGCCCCAAUUUCAGGGUGACACCGACCCCUCCCCACCGGGGUCCCUGUCCCUCCCCCAAGCACUUUUUCCCCCCCUCCCCCGUGUCCCCCCGACCAAAGCGGAUCCCCCCCAAGUGCCUGUAGGGGAGGGGCUGUUCCGGGCGCUCUCAGCAAUUAUAAGAAUUCAUUAUAAUUAUAAUUAAGAUAAAGUUUUUAAGACGAAAAACGCGGAUUUUGGUCACUGCCGAUGCGCGCCCCAGUUGUCAAUCACGGUUAGGGCCACGCCCACCUUGUGGUUCCGCCCCCGCGCCUCGUCGUCUCCAUGGUAACCCCGCCAGAAAAGACGAGCGCAGGCAGCAGCCAAUCAUGUUGCGGCUGCCGGAUUCUUAUUGGUCGUUUCUCCGCUCAAAGGCGGGGCGCUCUGAGAAUUGACGGAUAAUCCAACCAAUAAACUGGGCGGGCGGUGCAUCAGCGGCCAAUAGGAGUGUAGUGUGGGCGGAGCUACGGCGGCGCGCGGUGCGCCGGAAGCGGCCGGUCCGGGAAAAUGGCGCCGAGCUCGAAAGCGGAGCGGGGCGGCCCCGGGGGGAAACGGGGGGCGGCGGGGGGAGCCGGGCCCGGGGCUGCACCCCGAGGCCGCCGAGAGCACCUCGUGAGGCAGCUGGACCGCGUCCGGCUCAGCGGGCAGCUCUCCCCCCGGCUGUUCCGGAAGCUUCCGCCGCGCGUCUGCGUCACCCUCAAGAGCAUCGUGGACGAGGAGUUCCUGUGGGCAGGGCACAUCUUCCUGGGUUUCUCCAAGUGCGGUCGCUACGUGCUGUCCUACACCAGCAGCUCCGGGGACGACGACUUCUCCUUCCUGUACCACCUCUACUGGUGGGAGUUCAACGUGCACAGCAAGCUGCGCCUGGUGCGCCGGGUGCGGCUGUUCCAGGGCGCGGAGAUCUACAGCGACCUGUACCUGACGGUGUGCGAGUGGCCCGGGGACAGCGACAAGGUCAUCGUCUUCGGCUUCAACACGCGCUCGGCGCCGGGGCUGCAGGUGAGCCUGAUGCUGAUGAGCGACGAGAACCAUCGCGACAUCUACGUCAGCGCCGUGGCCGUGCCCCCGCCGCGGCACUGCCCCGCCUGCCGCCGCGCCGCCGAGACCCCCGGUGAGACCCCCCCCGCCUGCCUGCGCCACGGCUUCCUGCUGCACACCAAGUUCCAGGUGGUGUACCCCUUCCCCACCUUCCAGCCCGCCUUCCAGCUGCGCAAGGACCACGUCGUGCUGCUCAACACCAGCUUCUCCCUCGUGGCCUGCGCCAUCGCCGUGCACCCCGCGGGUACCCGGCCCCCCGGGACCCCCCGGGACCCCCCUCAACCCUCCUGGCUCCCCCGGGACCCCCUGGAAUCCCCCGGGACCCCCCUCAACCCUCCUGGCUCCCCCGGGACCCCUUGGAAUCCCCUGAACUCCCCAGGAUCUCCUGGAAUCCUCUGGGACUCCCCGGGACCCCCCAGGACCACCUGGGACCCCCCUGAACCCUCCUGGCUCCCCCGGGACCCCCUGGAAUCCCCCAGGACCCCCCUGGG